AUGAUCAAUGACAUUGAUGUCAGCAGUGUCAAUCUCUGGAAGUACGUAGAUGACACUURGAUCGCUGAGACAGUGCACAAAGGCCAACCAAGUGAAAUCCAAGUUGCUGUAGAUGAACUGGUCGAGCAAGCCAAAGCAGAUAAGUUUCAGUUGAAUGAAUCCAAGUGUAAAGAGUUACAAAUACAUUUCUCGAGAAACGCAAACACCCUGGAACCAGUUACUAUUAACAGCAAACCAAUUGAGGUCGUACCUAGUGCAAAGCUCCUAGGCCUUACAAUUUCAAACAAUCUUAAGUGGAAUGCCCAUAUUGAGAACGUCACCAAAAAAUGUGCAUCCAGGCUCUACCAAUUAAGACAGCUUAAACGUGCUAACGCCGUUCCUGACCAACUGAUGUGUUUCUACAAAACCUGCAUCAGACCUGUAACAGAAUAUGCGUGUCAGACUUUCCAUGAUGGUCUUCCUCGCUACCUCUCUGAAGAGCUAGAAACAAUUCAGRGACGAUCUCUUAAGAUAAUCUCACCAGCCCUGAACUAUGAGCAAGCUCUUAAUGAACACAGCAUGACGACCCUUCACCAACGGCGCAAAGACCUGACAGAGCAGCUCUUCAAAGAAAUUAAUGAUGACAGUAACCAUAAGCUGUAUAGCCUAUUACCUCCGCGCAAGUCCACCAACAUAGCCCUCAGGAGGAGGCGAACAACACACCAAUUUGUCGUACAAAUAGAUUUAAACAAAGCUAUCUAUCUAUSUAUCUAA